AUGAGUUGUCGAUGCUACAUUGUCCCCCCUCACCUUUUCCGGGCCAUCGCCCAAUCUCCUCUAAACCCCGAACACGUCCGCAAAGCCGCCGAGGCCUCUCUGGCUGCACACGACCACAUCUCUGCUGCUCGUCAAGAACGUACUUGGAAGAUUCUCCAGGAGAAAAAGAGCAACAGAAAUGCACGCGUCCAAGCUUCGCCGUUCGUCCCUGAGAGUCUCCUUCAACGACUCUCAGCCUCAGAUGCGGUAGAUGAGGCGUCGAGGACUCGUGCGAAGAGAGAUCUGCGCCAUCUCCAGGGACUCAUGGGUAGAGCCAAACAAGUUGGUGCUGACGCGAAAGGUACACAAGAAGCAGCCUCCAGAACUGUCGCCCACAACAACGUGUACAAUGCAAGCAACACAUGGGACGACGAGAAGCUCCCCGGUAGACUCGAACGUGCCCAAGGCGAACCUCCGGCCAAGGACCUAGACGUCAACAAAGCCUAUGACAACGUGGGCCAUGUCCUGAGGUUCUACGAGCAACACUUUGGCUGGAAAUCUAUCGACAACCAGAAUGCGCCCGUGACAUGUUCAGUUCACUUCGGUGAACACUACGGGAAUGCCUUCUGGUCUCCGGAGACCAUGCAAAUGGUCUUUGGGGAUGGGAACAUGCUUCUUUGCAAUUUCACCGGCUGCGUAGACGUCAUUGGGCAUGAACUCGCGCAUGCCGUCACGGACAACACCAGCCCGCUCGAUUACAGCGAUCAGGCUGGGGCUCUGAACGAGCACAUUUCCGAUGUCUUUGGCAUCAUGGCUAAACAGCAAGUCGAAAAUGAGACGUCUGAAGAGGCAGACUGGUUGAUUGGCGAAGACUGCCUCUUGCCCGAUGUCAAGGGAGUGGCUUUCCGCAGCAUGAAGGAGCCAGGAAAGGCGUACGACGACGAGCGCUUUGGCAAAGACCCUCAGGUGGACAGCUUUGCUCAAUGGGAGGCUAUCGCAGAGGACCGCGGGGGCGUUCACAUAUUCUCUGGCAUUCCCAACAAGGCAUUCUACCUCUCUGCUGUCGCCUUCGGAGGCUACUCGUGGGAAAUUGCCGGCAAAAUCUGGUGGAGAGCCAUGAACUGCGGCAAGGUGCCGCCUCGCUGCACGUUCCAACAGUUUGCCGAUAUUACGGUCGAGUGUGCGGAAGAGCUGUUUGACGUAGAAGCUGCGAAGUUGGUGCGCCAGGCUUGGAAUACGGUGGGCGUCAUACGAGGCAUCUGA